GUAAUAAUAUUAGUGACUGAAAUAGCCUGAGAAAAUGGUGAGCGUUCCAGUCAUAACCUUGCCCUCCAAUGGCAAAACCCUUCCUCUUUUAGGCUUCGGCACAGCUGAAUAUCCAUUCAACUCAACCAACUCGGUAAAAGAAUCAACUCUCUAUGCUAUUAAACUCGGCUACAGACAUUUUGAUACAGCUGCACUUUACCUCUGCGAGCAGCCUCUUGGUGAAGCCAUAGCCGACGCUUUACGCCUUGGCCUUAUAAAGUCUCGCGAUGAGCUUUUCAUCACUUCCAAGCUGUGGCUGAACAAUGCCCAUGGUCACCUUGUCGUCCCCGCACUGCAAAACACUCUCAAGAAUCUCGGAUUGGAGUACCUUGAUCUCUAUCUUAUUCAUUAUCCCUUAAGCUUGAGGCCUGGCUCAGAUUCAAGCCUUUCAAUGAAGAAAGAGGAUAUCAUCAAAAUGGACUUUGAGUCUGUUUGGGGAGCCAUGGAGGAAUGCCAAAAGCUUGGUCUUACAAAAUCCAUAGGAGUCAGCAACUUUUCCUGCAAGAAGCUCGAGGAGUUGCUUGCAAUUGCGAAGAUCCCUCCUGCUGCCAAUCAAGUGGAGUUGAACCCAGUUUGGCAACAGAAAAAGCUUAGGAAGUUUUGUGAGGAAAAGGGCAUUCAUAUAACGGCUUACUCGCCAUUAGGAGCCAAAGGAGCACUUUGGGGAACUAACCGAGUCAUGGAAUCUGAAGUGCUCAAAGAGAUUGCAAGUGCCAAAGGGAAGUCAGUCGCUCAGGUUUGUCUUCGAUGGGUUUACGAGCAGGGAGUAAGUGUUCUUGUGAAGAGCUUUAACCAAGAGAGAAUGAAAGAGAAUCUAGAUAUAUUUGAUUGGAAAUUAAAUCAAGAAGAGCUGGACAAGAUAGAACAAAUUCCACAAAGCCGAGGAAAUCCUGCUGAGUUUACAGUAUCAGAGCAAGGCCCAUAUAAAUCAAUCCAGGAGUUCUGGGAUGGAGAAAUUUAAGCUCAUUAUCCUACUAUUAAUGUCAUGAAAGCUCCCUCCAGCUAAUAGUCGUUUAAGAAAUAAACAUCGAAUAAGCAAUUCAAAUUAAUUUCCUUUCAUGGUCAUUCAAAAUUAUUCAUUGUGCUUUGUGAUCAAUUGAAAUGGGAUGAAUGGUUAUA